CCCAAGCAGCACAUCCAAUCCAAGUCAUCAGCCAGCUCUUCUCAGUUCUCACAAGUCACAAGCAACAGCUCUGUUGGAACUCCAAGCCGCUCUCGAUUCCCAGGAGGAACCGAAGAUCUGCUGGUGGUUGCCUGCAGCAGGACACGGAUGGGUAACCUUGUCUCGCAGUGCGUCGUCGCGAGCGGCGCCGGCGCGCGGCCCGUGGUCGUGGCGCCGGACGGCAGCCGGACAAGGGUGGAGGAGCACACAGGGGUCGCCGAGCUGAUGAUCGACGCGCCGGGGCACGUGGUGGCUCGCGCCUCUGACGUGACGAGGGAGCGGCGGGUGCGGCCGAUGGCGGCCGACGAGCUCCUGCACGCCGGCGAGGUGUACCUCCUCGUGCCUGCCGGGCGUGCCGGGGCGCGGCUGGGGGACCGUGAGGUCCAGGCCAUCGGGCUGUUGGUCUCGGGGAAGAAGAAAUCGAGGAAGAACAGGCCCGCCGGCGGCAAGAGGGUCUUCCCGAUGGUGGUCAACGGCGAGGAGGACGCGGUCGAAGGAAAAGAGGCUGCGUGUGCCGGUAAACGGGCCCAGGAUCAUCAUGGGCUUGGGCCCAGGCAGUGGAGGCCCGUCCUGGAUACCAUCUACGAGGCCUAGAUGUGUUAAGAGGGAAAUGUUUUUUUUUCCUUCUGAUUUGUUUCAGAGAGAGAUAGAAUAGGAAAUCCGAUUCUUUCAUUCACAUAACUUUUUUGCUUGUUCUUCCUUCCCGGUGAGGAUGGGAGGAGAAGUUCAAGUUGUGCAUACACCUUGUAAAGAUUUAACCCCUUGACGUAGUCGUAUGCGAAAUGCCAAUAUUACUGGUUGAUGGAUGUGAUA